GCUACCAGGAAUUAAAGACGAAGCCAGGGUGUCGCUGGAACUUAUCAAUCGAUCAAUCGUUUGCCCGCAUACUUGCUGUUUAGGAAAUUAUGGUGCGGAGUCUGGUGCUUAGUAGCCAGCUGCCACUUUCGACCUGUUUCGUGGAUCGUGUAAGGGCACGAAAGACUGGCCCGGAGUAUGGUAAUGCAGGUGAGUAUUUAUAUGAUUUUGCGCCCUUUCGUACUCGCCCGCUCCGUUUCCAGGUGCCGCCGUGCGACGUGUUUCAGCCGUCGCUUGGCGCUUUCCCCAAGGGCCAUCAGAAAAACUCCAAUCGACUUGUGGCUCGAGAACCUCCUAUUUGACUUGUUUGCGCUGGUAUUGGCUUGUACAAGCGAGUAAGCGCACGAUAAGAAGCUUCCGA